AGGGAACUCAUAAGGGCGAGAACUGUGAGAGGGGUACAAUCACAAGAGCACAGUAGUAAACUAGUUUUGGGGCGCUGGUGGAAAAUUUGCCUUGUAUCAUCGACUUUCAGACCUUCCAGCUUCUGACAUUCUUAAAGCACCAUACAAAAUGUCAGGCGAAGAAGAGCUUUCUAUGGAGACAAGUAGGCCUACUGUUCCAACCCAGAGCGGCGCACCUGCAGAGGGGGUGGCAGACCAGGCUCCUCUGGUGUCAGUUAGGUUUCAGAAGGACCCACACCGAAAACUAAAAUACCUGGAGUCAGAACCUAAAGCAUUAGGGGUGACUCAGAUAACCCUCAGUGUUUUUCAGAUCGUCUCCUUCAGUUUCCUGUCGGCUAUCGAUUUUGUUCAUUUGCCUUCCAAUCUUUUUAAUAUUAUCGGAUCUGUGGUGGUGAUGGUAGCUGGUGUUUUGGCCUUGGCAGCUCAGAACCUAGUACUUCCCACUCUGAAGGCCUGCCUGGGAAUACAGGUGUUGGCUUCUGUGGUCUCCGUAUUCAACUUCCUCGAAAUGUCAACCUUUUCAGAAGGCAACGGUGACUUGCAAUGUUGGGAAUAUGUUUAUAUCAUGACUGAACGAAAUUCUACGGCAGACUAUAGCAAAACGUGCCACACCAUUGGAGAAGCUGUCUCACAUUACCAAGCUACUGGUAUUCUGAUCCAUGCUGUCUCGUUGGCUAUCUCUGUCACCCUGGCUGCCUACUGCUGCAAGGUUAUCAACUGCUGCUCACCCACAUCCAGGAUGCCGGUGAUCACUGUCCAAGCCCCUCCCACACAGCAAUAGGAAAUGAAUCAAACGUCACCUAAAGCCAACCAACCAGCAAAAAAAUCAUCAUCUGUCACCCUCUGCACUACCAAUACUAAUUGUGAAAAUAAUUCAUGUCUGCAAAAGAUUUGACAUGGUAUACUUAAACCAGCUUGCAUUUUCUAUAUUUGGAUGUGUGUAUUACUGUAUAUUACAAUAAAACGGUAUGGUC